CGAUUAUUGGUACUGCUAUCUUUCAAGGAAACCAAACAGAUAAAAAAAAAAAAGCAAGAAGAAGAAGAGGAGGAGAAAAGGGGAUGGCUGAAUCAUCGUCAUCUUCCUCCGGCGAGCGCGGUAAUCUUCCUCCGUCGACGCCCGAUUCUCCCACCUCCGUUGGUUUUAACACGGAUCAACUUCCACUGAACACCAGCCGCACAUCCGAGAACUACUCCGACGAGGACGAGGCCGCCGUCGAUCCCAAUGUCAUUCCAGAAGAAGCUGACCAAGUGGAGGAAGAGGAGGAGGAGGAAGGAGAGGAUCUGUUCAACGACAAUUACAUGGACGAUUAUCGGAGGAUGGAUGAACACGAUCAGUAUGAAUCAGUGGGGCUGGACGAAUCCCUCGAAGACGAGAGGGAUUUGGACCAGAUUAUGGCUGAUCGAAGGGCUGCCGAGUUGGAACUCGAAGCCAGAGAUGGCCGCGUCUCUCAGCGAAAGCUUCCCCACCUUCUCCACGACCAAGAUACGGAUGAGGAUAACUACAGGCCUUCUAAAAGGUCCAGAGCUGAUUUUAGGCCUCCCACCACAGCAAGAAACGAUGAGGAUACUGAUGCAAUGCAAAGUUCACCAGGUAGAUCACAGCGAGGACACUCAAGAGACGAUGUGCCUAUGACUGAUCAGACUGAUUAUGAACAGUACGAGGAUGAAAUGGAUGAAGAAGGUGAAUUUGAGAUGUAUCAUGUCCAGGGAACUUUAAGGGAGUGGGUUACUAGGGAUGAAGUGCGCCGCUUCAUUGCCAAGAAGUUCAAGGAGUUUUUACUAACAUAUCACAAAUCAAAUAAUGACGAGGAUAUAGUCUAUGUGAGGCAGAUAAAUGAGAUGGUCUUAGCUAAUAAGUGUAGUCUGGAGAUUGAUUACAAACAAUUCAUAUAUGUCCACCCCAAUAUUGCGAUCUGGCUAGCUGAUGCACCUCAGUCUGUGCUGGAGGUCAUGGAAGAAGUUGCUCAAAUUGUUGUCUUUGAAUUGCAUCCAAAGUACAAACAAAUCCAUCAAAAGAUCUAUGUCCGCAUCACCAAUUUGCCAGUUUAUGAUCAAAUACGGAACAUAAGGCAGAUCCAUUUGAACACCAUGAUCCGUAUAGGGGGGGUUGUGACUCGACGCUCGGGAGUAUUUCCUCAGCUGCAGCAGGUAAAGUAUGAUUGCAGCAAAUGUGGGAUGAUUCUUGGACCAUUUUUCCAGAACUCAUAUUCGGAGGUCAAGGUUGGUUCAUGCCCAGAAUGCCAGUCAAAAGGACCAUUCACUGUCAAUAUUGAGCAGACAAUUUAUAGGAAUUUCCAGAAACUUACCCUCCAAGAGAGCCCCGGAAUUGUGCCUCCAGGUCGACUUCCAAGAUACAAGGAAGUGAUACUCCUCAAUGAUCUAAUUGACUGUGCUCGCCCUGGGGAAGAGAUCGAGGUCACUGGCAUUUACACAAACAACUUUGACUUGUCUUUGAACACAAAAAAUGGAUUUCCUGUGUUUGCCACUGUUGUUGAGGCAAACUAUGUUACAAAGAAGCAAGACCUCUUUUCAGCUUACAAACUCACAGAGGAGGACAAAGAAGAGAUUGAGAAGUUAUCUAAGGAUCCAAAUAUCGGAGAAAAGAUUAUCAAGUCAAUUGCCCCCUCAAUCUAUGGCCAUGAGGAUAUAAAAACUGCAAUAGCUCUUGCUAUGUUUGGAGGUCAAGAGAAAAAUGUCAACGGGAAGCAUCGGUUGCGUGGGGACAUAAAUGUGCUCCUGCUAGGUGAUCCGGGAACAGCCAAAUCUCAGUUUCUCAAGUAUGUUGAAAAGACUGGCCAUAGGGCUGUCUAUACAACCGGGAAGGGAGCUUCUGCUGUUGGGCUAACAGCAGCAGUGCACAAGGACCCAGUCACACGAGAGUGGACACUUGAAGGAGGAGCCCUUGUACUUGCUGACAAAGGGAUCUGCCUUAUUGAUGAGUUUGACAAGAUGAAUGAUCAGGACAGGGUAAGCAUUCAUGAAGCAAUGGAGCAGCAAAGUAUCAGCAUAUCAAAGGCUGGGAUUGUCACUUCACUCCAAGCUAGGUGCUCUGUCAUUGCUGCUGCAAAUCCUAUUGGUGGAAGAUAUGAUUCAUCAAAGACAUUUUCGCAGAAUGUUGAAUUGACAGAUCCAAUUGUUUCACGUUUCGAUAUCCUUUGUGUCGUUAAGGACAUAGUUGACCCAAUCAAGGAUGAGAUGCUUGCGAAGUUUGUAGUUGAUAGUCAUUUCAAGUCCCAACCAAAAGGUGCUAACAUGGAAGAUAAGUCCGGAACCGAUUUCCAAGACGAAUUUGACCCCUCUGCCAUGCCACUCGAUACUGAUAUACUCCCUCAAGAUUUGCUGAAAAAAUACUUAACUUACGCCAAGUUAAAUGUAGUCCCAAGCUUGCAUGAUGCUGACUUGAACAAGCUCCAAGAAGUUUAUGCCGAACUACGGAGAGAAUCUUCGCAUGGGCAAGGAGUUCCUAUUGCGGUGAGGCACAUAGAAUCUAUGAUUCGGAUGUCUGAAGCACAUGCAAGGAUGCACCUCAGGCAGCAUGUUACUCAAGUAGAUGUUGACAUGGCAAUACGUGUCCUGCUUGACUCAUUCAUUUCAACACAGAAAUUUGGGGUCCAGAAAGCUUUGCAAAAGAGCUUCAAGAAGUAUAUGACUUUCAAGAAGGAUUUCAAUGAGUUGAUCCUCCACCUGCUGAGAGGUCUCGUGAAGGAUGCACUGCACUUUGAAGAAAUCAUAUCUGGCUCUACUUCAAAUCUUUCCCAUAUUGAUGUUAAGUUGGAGGAACUCCAGAGCAAGGCACUGGAUUAUGAAAUCACGGACUUGAAACCAUUCUUCUCCAGCACUUUGUUCUCCAGAGGCAGCUUUGAGUUGGAUGAAGAAAGAGGGUUAAUACGACAUCACCUUUCCAGAUGAUGUUAAAGUAUCAAGAUUCAAGAACAAUAAUUGUGUAUGCAUCAUAAUGGGAUGUUAAUGGUGUUGGAGUCUCAUAUUGGACUUGGAGUGUUCAAUAGCAAUGCAGAUUGAUGAAAACAAAAGGUAGGUCAUCAGCAAUGAGCAAACAACUUAUUUUCCGGGAUUGAUGAAAUCAUCUUGUAUACAGGAUUUUCAUGUUUGCGUGCUUUCCUUUUUCGGCAUA